CAGCGCUGUGAAAUUUUAUUGGAUGUUGCAAUCUCCAAGAGCCAAUCGCCUUUGUCGUAUCAUAGGCACACUGUUUACCGACAGAAUGGCAGAAAUCCAGAAAAAGCUUCAAACAGAAGUUGAAAAAUUCCAAGCUGUUCAAAAAGAUUAUCAAAAGCAUGUGAAUCUAAGACAACAGCUGGAUGCCCAGUUUAAUGAAAAUUCUUUGGUGAAAGAGGAGCUUGAUCGUGUGGAAGAUUUAGCCAGUGUGUAUAAAAUGAUUGGUCCAGUACUGGUCAAACAAGAUGUGACAGAAGCUAAACAGAAUGUCCAAAAAAGGAUAGACUACAUUAAUGGAGAAAUUAAAAGACAUGAUGGUGUAAUAAAAGAUCUAGAAAAGAAACAAGAGAGCCAGAGAGAGGCCCUAACUAAACUUCAGCAUCAAUUACAACAGCAACAGGUCAAAGCUGCUGCCCGGUCAUAGUGUUAAAAAGACAGUACUCAAUGGACAUUAAUGACUGCCAAUUUGUAUUUCACUAUAUAAAGAUACAUAGUUAUAAUGAAGAUGUGUAUUGUAUUCAACCUUAUGUAUCAUGUUCAUUUUUUAUGGAAUGAUUAGCUGUGUUCAAACAAGGAACCUGAAAAGAAAAUUAGAUCAGUUUCAACAUUUAUUGUGAUAUAAACACCUUGUUGAAAAAAAACCCCAUAGUUUUAUUUUUCAUUGAUUGAUCAUAUCCAUGUUCAAGUAGAUGAAUGACUUAUUUUAAUUGCAGACUUGUUCAUGUAGCUCUCAUGGAAAAUAUUGGGACAACCCACUUUCAAAACUGAAAUAAGAAAUUUUGUUUUUGUUUAUUUAGGUAAUGGCUCAUUAUGAUAAAAUAGAAGGUACUAAUAAAAUGCUCACACGAGCGUCUUAAAACUAUA